UUCCAGUAGCACUGAAGGCACACAACCCAGGGCCACACCGCUCCAGCCCCGGCUCAGCCCCUGCUCUUCUCAGCCUAGCCGGUCAUCAAGUGAACGUUUACUGGGCAUCUGCUGUGCGCCAGGGAAUCUGUUCAUGGGGAGGUAAAAUGACAGGGUGCCCAAGGUAACCGUGGCAUAAGCAAGCUAGAGCCUUAGUUUUCUUUCAUGUAAAAGUCCAAGUGGGUGGUCUAGGGCUAAUAGGGGUCAGGGACCUGGGCUCCUUUUAGUCUGUCCCAUGCUGUAACGGCCUCCAUUCCAAACCCACCUCGUGGUCCCAGGGCAGCUUUGCCGGCUCCAAACAUUGCGUCUCCAUCCCUGUCCACGGGAAGGAGGAAGGGAGUGGAGGAGAGCAGUUAACUCACCGCUUCCACUUCCACACCACUGGCUAGAACUCAGCCCACCUAGAAGAGCAGCCUUGCUCUGGGCAGCCAUGCGCCCCACUAGAAUUCAGGGGUUCUAUAUCUGAGGAAAGGAGAACCAGUAUUAGACAGCUCGGCCUCACGCCCCGGGAGAACGGAGCUGGGGGCAGCAAGGGAGCAGACCACGCCCACGGCAGGCCCUCUGACCCCCUGCUAAGACCCGGGCUCCAAGGGAGGGCAGAGGGUGAGCUUGGAAUUUCAGACGGGACUGGUUCUUUUUAAAGACGGACAGUGGCCAGAAAGGUAAAGGGCCAGGAAGGCACACGGGUGAAGACCAUGAUUACGGAUGAACUGGGUUCCCCCCUCCCAUAUUCAGUCUGCAGCCCUAACCCCCCCCCCCCGGUUCUCAGAAUAUGACUGUAUUUGGGGACUGGGCCUUUAAAGCGGUGACUGAGUUAGAAUGACGGUGGCCCUGACCAGUCUGACCGGUGUGCUUACGAGAGGAGGAGAUCAGGACAGACGUACCGAGGAAAGACCCAUGAGGACGCAGGGAGCAGCGGCCGUCUACAAGCCCAGGGAGAGGCCCCUGGACAAACCAGCCUGCUGACCCUUGACCUCAGACUCCCAGCCUCCAGGGUCGAGCGAGCGCACAGCUCUGCUGUUGAAGCUGCCAGUCUGUGGUGCUUUGUUAUGCGAGUUGGAAAAAGUAACCCAUCCAGGGUGCACCCCCAGAAUGCAAGCUGGCCAAGGCUUGGGCCACAGGGCUGUAAGGGAAGCCUGAGCUGGAGUUGCAGAGGGAGGGGACUGACCCCUCCCGGAGUAAGUGACAUCUAAAGCUAGGCCCAGGAAUUCCCCAGGGAAGUGGAGAUGGAGCAGGUAUGGUCAGGAGGAGAUGGGGGAGUGAGGGCUGAGGCUGGAGGGGUCUCGUGACCCCUAGGUCACCAGGGUGUGGAGUUUGAAGUUAGGCUGUGGCAGGGCGAUGGAGACCCCACAGGCAGUGAGAGGUCAGAGGUCUUAGGCAGCUCAGUGGAGGACAGCCUGGGAGUAUGGAGGAGGGGAGGGUGCAGGGGGGCUGGUGUGGGGUGCAGUGUCAAACCACCACAAAUCACCUCCCUUGACCAAGGCAGUGCUCCUGAGCAGAGAGCAGCCACAAGGCUCAAGCUUCCAGGGGAUGACCCCAAGGCUGGCUGGGGCCAGAGGGUGGGGUUGUCAGCAUGGGCUGGGAAUUCUUGGGUUCCCUGGGCAUGCGGAACCUUGGCCCCCAUCACAAUGGGCCGAGAUUCCGGGGACAAUCUGAACUGCGGUUCUGCUGAGCAGGCCCAGCAUAGAGGGCGGGAGGCGCAGAGGGCCCCUGGAGGACCCUGAGGGCCACCAUGAAGGUUCCCAGUGAGGCAGAUACGGAGGAGCAGAUCCAGGAGCUGAAGACCAUCACUCGGCUCCAGGAGCAAUGUCAGGCACUGCAGAUCCAGGCGGUGAAGGAGAAGACGGUCAAGAACAAGGCGAUGCUGGCUCUCCUGCGCGGCAACAUCCGCCGCGGGGCCCAAGACUGGGCUUUGGCCAAGAAGUACGACCAGCGGACCAUCUCCCAGGCCUGCGGGAAGGACGUGCCCAUGAGGCUGGGGCACAGCCGCUGCACCAUGGAGGUGGCACGGGAGAAACUGCGCAAGUACGUCUUCGACCGCGUGAAUGUGCACAACGUGCUGAUCCACCUGGUGCGGAGGCGCGGAGAGAAGCUGGAGAGCAUGCAGCUGGAGCUGGCCAGCCUGCAGAGCCAGCCCGACGCCACUAAGGAGGAGUUGCGCAUGCUGCAGGUCAUCCGCCAGCUGGAGAACAACAUAGAAAAGACAAUGGUCAAGAUCACCACGAGCCAGAACGUCCAGCUGCUGUACGUGGACCUGCUGGAUCACCUGAAAAGAAAGCUGGCAGGAUACCCCACAGAGCUGGACAAGCUGCAGAAUCUCGUGGGUGACUACUGCUCGGAACUGUCAGAUAUGACAGUCAUGUCCCAAGAUGCCAUGAUGAUUACAGAUGAGGUCAAGAUGAACAUGAGGCAAGGGGAGGCUACCUUCAUUGAAGAGCGCCGGGCGCGGGAGAACCGCCUGAACCAGCAGAAGAAGCUGAUCGACAAGAUUCACACCAAGGAGACCAGCGAGAAGUACCGCUGGGGCCAGCGGGACUUGGACUUCCCCUCCAAUCUGAUGGGUCCGGAAACUCCGAAAGUGAAGAGAAGAGAGACUUCCAAGGCUGAUAUCGAAUACCAGACGGAUGUGUCCGCUUUGGUGGAGAAAGUCAAGACUGCUGUGCGGUGCUCCCACCUCUGGGACAUUGCCGGCCGGUUCCUGGCUCAGCAGAACAUGGAGGAGAACCUGGAACUGCAGAUGGAGGACUGUGAGGAGAGACGGGCACAGCUGGAGGCCUUGAUGAAGAAGCUGGAGGUGGAGGAGGCAAUGCUGAAGUUCCACCAGAUGCCCAGCUCCGUCAGCUUCAAGUCUGUUGAGAAGAAAGUGAAGGACAUGCUGAAGGAGGAGGAAAACAGGCUGCAGCAGGCCCGCGCCAACAUGACCAGGAGCCAGAAGCUGCUGCUGAUCAUCCAGACCGGCAUCGACAACCUCUACAUCCGCCUGAUCGGCAUCCCCGUGCCCACGGCCCCGAAGGAAGCAGAGGUCUCCAACACCCUGGAUGUGUACAGCAAGCUGGCGUAUUGUGAGGGGAAGCUCCUGGUCCUGGCUGACAGAGUGCAGAUGCUAUCCCGGACUGAGGAGGUCAACACGAAGGUGAGGGACGCCCUGGAGUCCUCAACUCUGAAAGAGAAGCAGAACACCAGGAUCAGCUUUGAGGACCUGGAGGAGGAUGUCAUAGAGACCUUCCAGUUCGCCGACGUGGACCACAGCUACGUGCCCUCGCGGGCCGAGAUCAAGAGGCAGGCCCGGCGGCUGAUCGAAGGGAGGCUCAAGGUGGCCAAGAAGAAGAAAAAGUGACAGGAAGAGGAGGAACCCGCCCCGCCCCCACACCCCGCCCCCCAGCUGGCAUUGGUUACACAAAUAAACAUUUUUUCAGGAC